GGAAUUCAGGUUGGUUCCCAAGCACAGCUGUUCACUGCGCGUCGUCGCCAUUGUUAUUCGCUGUCUCUUUUUGAUCGCGUCCUCGCCGCCGCUCCCCUCUGCCCCUCCUUUCAACCAGUUUCGCUCGAUUUUUGUGACGCGUGGACGUCUGUACGCGACGCGGAUAAAUAUUUUACGGUCUCAUCCUUUGUCCAGGAAGAAGCGAACUCCACAUCAAGUCACAACCGCACUGAAACUCCUCGCUCAAACGUGAAAUAACUGGUGUAAUCUACAGGUGUCUCGACGUUCCGUGUGUUGUUUAGUGAUCCCGCAUAGUCAAUCGAGCAUGAAUAAUAAAGAAGUAACCGGUGAUAUUGUCGUGUGUCCACUGGGAGGCGAGGUCUGGUGAUCGGGCGCAGUGUCGAGGUCGUGGGGUUCGCCGUGUGAUGAGUCUGCGGUGACGGCUCGCCGCUGAGCGGUUGGAUGGCGGCUGUAAGCGGCCCCGCGCGGCACUCUCGCGUCUCCAUGAGUGUGUCCAUGUCGCUGAUGCAGGGCGGUACGCAGAGCGCGCCGCAGGGCGCCAUCCUGGCGGCAGCGGCGCCCUACUACCAGACGCCGGCCAUCCCGACAGACGUGCAACCCGACCGCCCAAUUGGCUAUGGCGCCUUCGGUGUUGUAUGGGCGGUAACAGACCCUCGCGAUGGCCGGCGCGUGGCACUCAAGAAACUGCCCAAUGUGUUCCAGUCGCUAGUCUCCUCCAAACGCGUCUUCCGAGAGCUCAAGAUGCUCUGCUUCUUCAAACACGAAAACGUCUUAUCAGCGUUAGACAUCCUACAGCCGCCUAGCCUCGACUUCUUCCAGGAAAUUUACGUGAUCACAGAGCUGCUUCAGAGCGACCUGCACAAAAUCAUCGUGUCUCCACAACACUUGUCCGCCGACCACAUCAAAGUCUUCCUCUACCAGAUAUUAAGAGGUCUGAAAUACUUGCACUCAGCACGCAUUCUUCACCGGGACAUCAAACCAGGGAACUUACUCGUAAAUAGCAACUGCGUUCUCAAGAUCUGCGACUUCGGGCUGGCCAGGGUCGAGGAGCCGGACGCCAGCAAGAACAUGACGCAGGAGGUCGUUACGCAGUAUUAUAGAGCACCAGAGAUCCUGAUGGGCGCGAAUCACUACACGGCAGCGGUCGACGUCUGGUCGGUGGGCUGCAUAUUCGGCGAACUGCUGGGCAGGAGGAUCCUCUUUCAGGCGCAGAGUCCGGUACAACAGCUGGAGUUGAUAACAGAACUGCUGGGCACGCCGUCACUGGAAGACAUGCGGCACGCGUGUGCGGGGGCUCGAGCACACAUGCUGCGCCGAGCACCGCGCCCGCCAGCACUCGCCGCGCUCUAUACGCUGUCCGUGCAAGCCACGCAUGAGGCCGUGCAUCUACUCGCACAGAUGCUAGUGUUCGACCCUGCAAAGCGCAUCUCUGUAGUGGACGCGCUGGCACACCCAUACCUGGAGGAGGGGCGGCUGCGCUACCACUCGUGCAUGUGCAAGUGCUGCUACUCCGCCCCCGCGGCGGCGCGGCACUACUCGCCCGACCUGGAGCCCGCCGCGCCGCACGCCUUCCACGACGCCUGGGAGAGGAAGCUCACCUCCGUGCAUCAAGUUAAAGAGGAGAUACACAAGUUCAUAGCGGAACAACUGCAGACGUCCCGCGUGCCGCUGUGCAUCAACCCCCAGUCGGCGGCGUUCAAGAGCUUCGCAAGGUAAGGGGCCGCCACAUCAACCGCAACCAACCGCAACCAACCGACACUAGCUCCACAGUGGCGCAUCCCUCCGAGCUGCCGCCCUCGCCGCACCACUGGGAAUGACGCCCCGCCCUGCACAGGACACAACGCCCUAUCCCUGUGGAGUAAGGCACAUUGUCCCGCGGCAUCGGACCACUACAGCAGCUAUACAGUUACUGCAUAUUCGACGCUAUUCCCUGUGGAGUAAGGCACAUUGUCCAAUGACGAUAGCCACUGCAGCUGCGACCGCACGCGAUAUCCGACGCACUUCCCGUGGAGUAAGGCAUAUACUGCAUUGACGGAAGGCCAGCAUAUCGCUGCUGUAUGACGGCCGUUCCCAAUAUUCUAUCUAUCUACGGUUUUGCUAACUAGAGAUAGAAGUUUCAUUUUACUUGUGUCGGGUUGAUGUCAAGAAUACUAUCUAGAGAUCUGUAGAAGACCUAUCUCGAGUAUGCAUACCACCGAUAGAUAGAGUAUUGGGAACGGCUGUAGAUCGUUGACGGUUGUCGAAGGUCGAUUUUGGAUCGGUGUGCUUUGAACUCGUAUGUUUCUUGUCACCUCUAUGUGCAUAUAUUUAAGGUUGAAUGUUGUAACUGUAUGAAAUUUUAUUGUAAAGAACAAAAUUUUGAGUGAUUUUUGGUUUCUGAUAUACUCAUCGCCCUAAUCUGCUUUAAAUAUAAUUGUAAUAAUUGUAAUUAGUAGAUGUUAUUCAGUAGUUAUAUUUAAAUAUAAAUAAAAGGUGAUGAUUAUUACUUAAAAUUAUACGUGAAUAUCUCAAAAACCAAAAAUUGAACAUUAUAAACACAUCAUCUGCCAUUUAUCCCUAUUUAUAUUAAAAUGUUAUUUUGUAUCCAUAAGGAUAAAUGUGCAGCUUAUUAUAAACCAUAUUUACAUUUUGUCUGUAUUAAUUUAGAUUCAAAUGAUUUAUACAGAAAAAAUAAUAUAAGAGUUCAUCUAAACACAGUUUAGUUAUGUAAACUGGAAUUUCUAUUAUAAACAUUGAAAAAAAAAAACCUCGUUGAUAUUCAGUCAAAAUCGACCUUUAUCACCGAGAGUAUAGAGUUGUAAGUCCAGUUGAAGUCUACACGUCACAUAAGUCGGGUCUCUUGUAAAACCGCCUUGUUUUGCUUUUAUUUGACUUUACUAUGAAUGUAAUAAAUUUGGAUUGUAUAAAUACCGCAUCAUACCUCAUCGCUGUAACUAGAAGGCAUUAAUAUUACGCGCAUUGUUGUAUUAUGUAUACGUUGUGGAGAAGUCUUACAAUUUAUGGGUAGAUAGGCUUAUAACAAGUCUUAUUAAAUUAAAUUUUAAAUAAAUAUAAGCAAAAUUGGCUAAUAAAAAAGCUACAGAAAUGCUUUCAUAAUAAAAAAAAGAAAGUAAAAUAUACAAUUUGCAAUCAAGUCCAGCUACCCUAUUCCAAAAUGCAUUUGAAGUGUCUCCACAAAGCGCAUUUGUCGUAAGCAAAGCAAAACAGCGGAUUCGCGACUACACUACCAAAAAUUAUUCAUUUCUGAUAUUUACUUGUAACGUAGCGUGUAGCUAAUGUGUGUAGAAUAAUAUAGAUGGCUGGUUUAUUGUGAAUAUUAUCGAUAAGGAAAAGCAAACGAUUGGAAAGGAUACUAAUGUUGAUGGCCACAAAAUUUUAUACAACGAAUUGUGACGCCUUUGCGGCUGAGAAACUGCCGCAAAGUAAUAACGGCGUAUGCAGUCUUGAUUGAGAAUGAAGAUACGUCGUUGUUACUUUUGACGGUGGAGUAGGUAGGGGAUCUUAUCGAGAUUGAAUUGAAAGAUAUUUGUCGGAAAGGAAUGGUAUAAGAUGGGAGGCGGCCAGGUCAUCGACCCGCCGCCUCGGCUCGGUAUAUACAGCAAAGAGAAGCUUCACGUAGAAUUAGGUUAUGUUUCAUUUAUCUCCGCGAUUCCAUGUAAUUGUAAGUGUGACGUAGUGUCAAUGUGUGCCUGAUUGUGUUUCGUACGGACGUUGCAAGCAAUAAUUGUUGCAAUAUUAUAUACUGCGUAUUGACAUUUUAAUUUUAUGACUACGGAUUUAUUGAUUUAUAUGUGUUCUCUUUUAAUCUCCUUUGUGGGAUGGCUACAGACGACAGUUUUACACUUAAUGCAGAGUUCAGUUGAGUGUCAACAAGAAUCUCGAACGAGCUGUCGUGUGUAGGCGUCCUAGCGUGUAUUAUAAUUACUAAGCUUAAUCCUAAACACCAUUGUAUGUAACAUCGACUGAACAUUUUUACGUAGUUAGGUUAGAAUAGUACUAGAUAUAUUAAACUACUAAUUUACUCGAUGCAAUGAAUAUAAAUAGUAAAUAAAAUAAAUGUAUGAGUAAUAUUCACAUACUAUCAUUGCAGUAGUGAGAUAUUUUAUAGCGAAGUGUUUGUAAAUGUAAUAAAUACAUGUGUAUUUCACGCAUUUAAUAGUUAUAUUAGAGGUUUGAUUAUUGUACUGGGAUGUGUUAGUGUGCGUGAGUCUUACGUCAUUUUGUCUAAUUAUUGGCAAUGAUAAUCUUAUAUGUACAACUACGUGGUGGGCAUGCAAGCAUUCACUGUCUGAAAAUAUGGUCGGUAUAUAUCUCUAAUUCACAGUGUUGCAGUAACACGCGAUGUCCGUUUGCACGUCCAUCUCGUAAACUCCAAAAUUGAUGUUUCAAUAUAAGUUUUAAAGUAGUAUCACUACUGUAUCACGCUGCUAACAUAUAAUCUAGCAUAGGGAGACUUUGUGUGAAUGUCGCCAGACGUCGUAGCCUUAAAACUAGUUCAAAACUAUAUAAAAGAUUAAAACAUAAAAAAACGUUGUAAAUAAAUGCAUAGUAAUAAUGUUAGUCUAGUACGGUACGGGAUGUAAACCGAUGUAGCAAGCCCAUGAAUUGUAGGUCCUUGUUCGAACUGCUGCUUGACCCGUAAGAUUAAAAGCCUUUGUUCUAUAGACGGUAGACAGAUAUUAGUGACAUAUUUACAGUUUUUGCGUUGGUUGUUAGUGAGAAUUGUACAUAGUUAAGGGGUCUGGCAGCGGUUUGAAUGAGACUUUGAUGGUACAAAGGAGGCGAGCUCGAUGUUGUUGGGUUUUAACUGCCGUCUACUCUGAAGGUCUUUCCGAUGUGGGUAGUUGUUACAAAGUAUUUUACUAAAUGACUCAUUAUGAGGAAAUUAUCAGCUGUGUAAACCAACUUUAUGGGAACAUCCAUUUACAAAAACAAGUUUGAUUUAAAACCCUACAUAUUCCACUAAAUUUUGUCACCCAUAACUUCGUGUAACCUCACUUUGAACCAGUAGGUGACGGCUAAAACCAUACAAGCGAGUCCCGACAGACCCACCUUGCCUUAACUCAAUAACUGUCACUGUGAUCCGUUACGCGUAGAUUUUGAAACCCCGCACCCCUCACACUGUGUACUGUACAUAAUAAACGAGUGCUCGUUAAGUAAAUAUCGUCAUUGGUUUAUUAGAAAUUUGCUUAAUUAUAUAAAAAUGCUGUAUACUACGUGUCCUCCGAUGUGAAAAGACGUUUGAUUGUAUGUAAAUAGGGAUAUAAUAAGUAGAAGAAUAUUGUUAGGUUGGGGUGUUCAGUUGUGUGCGGAAGAAAUAAUUGUAAAGAAAUAAACUGACAAUGAGUCUUAUUUUGAUUUUGAUGGCAAAUAAUGUCAAUUUAAAGGAAUAAUUUGGACAAAACUGAUACACUUAACGCAGUUGAAAAAUUGGUUAAAUACUUCAAUUGAGCUCAACUUGAUCAAUCAGGUUGAUCGACUUUUUAAUUCGCAAAAUGAUUGGCAAUUACCACGUGUAAUCAAAAUUAACAUACAAUUAAUUAUACCUACCUCAUAAAUGAAAACAAAACUAGAGGUAAAGAAUUCAAACAAUGACAUGGUGAAUUUCGUUCGCGCGGCUGUCACCCCGGCGGAGGAUAAAGGGCGGCUCAAUAUUGCGGCGCCCUAACGAACACGCUUCUUACUUUAUGUAAUUGUACGUAUUGCGUUUCCAGACUUUCAGAGAUCUCGUAUUAUUUUAAGUUUUAAGUACACGACUGUUCAUUUUACACACAAGUGAUCUUUAGUUGGUAGGACGUCACGUUUGUAUUGUACUAGUUCCCUGCGGCCAGUCAGCCAGGCUUUCUGUUCAUGUUAACUGAUCGCACACUCGAACGUCCCCCCGCGGAUGUUCACUUUCUUUAUGUUUCGUGUAAAUAUUAGCGGUAAUGCGGUAAGACUCUUAGGUUUGUGUUAACAAUUAGAUCGCCUUUGUUCUUAGUUUGUGUUCAGUAAUCCCACAUUAAUUUUGUAUAAUAAUUUCCACAAUUAUAUAAAAAAGUAAAAAAAAAAUACAAAAUAUGAGAAAAUGAAUUUGUAUUCUUCGUUUUAAUGAUUUUAUUAUUAUGACAUUUUGAUUUAAUUACUAUUAUUACCAGUCGUAAUGUAAAUAAAUACUUUGUGCACUGAUAGUCGUGUUUAAGUUAACUUUAGAUAUUAAUAUCAAAUGGCUGUAUCGAUUCUGUUUAUGUAAAGCCCAAGACACAACGUUCACUAUAAGACUUAGUAGAGAUGUUUCCUUUGCGGUAUUGUCCUUUAUCAUUUUGUAAUGUAUAGAAUGGUUUAGUUAACAAUACAUGUCACGACGGAUAUUUAAGUGUUUGUGAUUUAUUUUCACGUGUACACAGCAACCCAGAAACUGUCAAUGUAAAUAUAAAUGAUACGUGUUUCUGUCGUGUACGGAGUUAGUUGCAUUUUACCAUUGUUGCGAACUGCCAAAACUAUUGUAAUAAUUUUGUAGCGUUUUACGUAUUACACCACAUGGGCAACACGAUGUAAUUCAAUGAAACAUUAGAAAUGGAGCGAUGGAAAUUUUGAAAGGCAUAAUUACAAUAUUUUAAUGUUUUUUUUUCUGUGAAUUUUAUAGUCUUAACCCAUAGCGCUGUUUGCUCAAAUUGCUAUACAUACGCGUAUACUCAUCUUAAUACCUAUAAAAAGUCAUAAUUUCUGUCGUUAUUUCUGAGUUUAUCCUAAUUUUAGCUUAGUUUGAUUUGUACUUGAAUUGUAGGUUUUAAGAUUUGAUGUAUCUGCCUGUGUGGUGUAUAUCGUACGCGUAGCUCGCGAGCCGGGUAGCGACCGAGGCCGGCCAAGCGACACUGUGUAACAAUAAACUACUGCAUAAUUAUA